AUGAUGGGAAAUUUGCAUUGCAAUGAAACCGUUACACCUGUCAUUGGUAUCCUGUGCAUGGAUAUUGCCACGACGUUGCAGAACAGGUAUGGCAGGGAAUACCAGAGCUACUUGGCUGCAUCGUAUGUGAGAUUUUUGGAAGCAGCCGGUGCUAAAGUCAUACCCAUAUGGAACAAUCGACCUCGCAUCUAUUAUGAAUCGAUAAUGAAUAAAAUUAAUGGAAUUUUAAUGCCUGGUGGGGCUAUUUUCUUCAAUCCGAAAUUCUGUACCAAAGAUAUGACCAGCCAUGCUUAUACCAGUUCCAAAAUAAUUUUCGAUAUUGCCCGGCAAUUAAAGCAUUUUCCAUUGUGGGGUACCUGUCUGGGUUAUCAGCUGUUACUAACGCAUUCAGCCGGUGUCGAAGAUGUGCGACAGGAUUGUAAAUCUAUGAAUGUUUCAUUGCCAGUUCAAUUUGAGGAUGACAAAGUUUUACAAAAAUCCAAAUUAUUUGCCGACCUAGACGAAUCAGUGAAAGCACGAAUGUCAUCACAACCAUUCGGUUACCAUUACCACAAAUAUUGUAUUACAAAAGAGGAUUUGAGAAUGUUUAAAAUCGAGGACCAAUGGCAGGUAUUGGCCUGUAAUAAGGAUGAUAAUGGUUUGGAAUUUAUAAACAUUGUAGAGCACAAAGAAUUUCCCUUCUAUGGUUCCCAAAUUCAUCCAGAAAGGGUAUUCAAUGAAAAUUUAGGCGAUCAAGAUCCAUGCCAUCACUGUCCCAGCUGUUAUGAAUUAAAUCAAUAUUUUGCCAAAUUUUUUGCUCAACAAUGUCGUUUAAAUGAGAAUCGUUUCGCGGACGAAGGCCUUAUAAGGUGUAAUAUUAAUAAUUAUCCCCUCACCUUCACGGCCCAGGAGAAAUUACAUUGGCAAUUGUGUUAUCUUUUCAAAGCCGAUACGGAUUAUCCAAAUGAAGUUACACAAAGAAUAGAACAAUGA